CGCUGCCUGAAGCGUAAAAAAAGGGGGCUGAAAUCCCGACCACUCAAAUCCCUGAGCUGAGAUCCGGACAGAGAAGCCCCUCCCCGCAGAUCCCUGCACUAUGGUACUUUUAACUUCAUUGCCGGAGAAGAAACGACGCCCCGCUUUUCCACGGCGAAGGAUCAAACACCCCCUCCGGAUCAGCGCGACCCUGGCUUUUGUUGUUAUGCAAAUCAGAUCCAGCCUCCCGGCCACACUUUCUGCAGACACACAAAGUUAAAGGCACAUUCCCGGCCGGGACAGCGCAUGAUAAUGCUGUCUUGGUGGAGCUGAUCGUUUCUCCCCGUGUGUGUGUGUGUGUGUGUGUGUUUCUUUUUCGCUGUUGCUCACCGCCGCUCUCGAAACGCACACUUUUUUUUUCUUCUUUGUUUCCAACAUGCUGGAUUUGAUGCAGCGCGUUGUUUUCUGCGCGCUCCUCGGCUCCGUUUGCGCGUCUUGCCCUCCGCGCUGCGAGUGUUCAGAGGCGGCUCACACGGUGAAGUGUGUCUCCAAAGACCUACGCGGUAUUCCGGCUGAGAUCCCGGGAUACACGAGGAAUCUGUUCAUAACGGGGAAUCAAAUUAGCCGCAUCGGUCCGGAGUCUUUCAGAGGGUUGGAGAAUCUUACCAGCCUGUCUCUGAGCAAUAACAGAAUUUCUGAAGUGGAAUCCCACACCUUCCUCAGACUGCGCAGUCUUCGCUCUUUGGAUUUGAGCAACAACCAGCUGGCCGUUAUUCACCCCGAGGCCUUCACUGUUUUGAGCCAGUCUCUGCGGGAGCUCAACCUGAGCCGAGCCCUCUACAACUACUCCUCAGUGAAAGACUUGGUCACGUCUCUCCGUUGGAGCUCCCUGGGGACCCUGAGAGGGUUGGACCUUUCGGACAACAACCUCAUCUUUUUGCCCCCACGCAUGUUCUCCCACCUGAACAGCCUGCAGAGGCUCCAGCUUUCCAACAACUCGCUGGUGGCCAUCCAGAACUCCACCCUCUCAGAUUUAGAGCAGCUGGAGGAACUCGACCUGACGCUCAAUGCCCUCAAGACACUGUCAGAGGAGGGCCUGCAAGAGCUGGACUCCCUGCCCAGAGCUGCUGUCCUGCUGGGAGACAACCCAUUCACAUGCAUGUGUGGAAUUGAACCUUUUGCACUGUGGCUCAACAGAUCGCAGGAUCGCAUCAGAGAUGCCGAAAGCCUCAUGUGCGCCUUCCCAGCCAGCAUGAAGAACACAUCCUUGCUUGCCGUGGGGUCGUUGACUCUGGGAUGCUACGAGAGGGAUGUGGGAGCAGACCUCGCUCUGCAGACCUCCUAUGUCUUCUUGGGGAUAGUCCUGGGCUUCAUUGGCCUCAUCUUUGUCUUAGUACUCUACCUCAACCGCAAAGGCAUCAAGAAGCGCAUCUAUGACAUGCGGGAUGCCUGCAGGGAGGUGUGGGAAGGCUACCAUUACCGCUUCGAGAUGGACUCCGACCCCAGGUUAUCACAGGUCUCCACCAGCGCUGAUGUGUGAGAGGAUUUUCUUAUGAGACUUAUCAGACUGCCCCCCACCCCAUACACAUGUAUCCAUAGCAAAAUGUAAAAAUUGUACAGAUGUGUUUGUAAAUAUAUGCAUACCCACAUGUUCAGAGUCUUUCAGCCAUGUUGACUGAAGCAUGCACUGCCAUUUCUCCCCAUUUAAGACAGACUAUCACGGUCAUCUUUGCUGUCCUGCGUGGGACAUGAUGUUAUGAAAAAGACUCUGCUGGCUGACUUUUCUUAUUUCCGUUCCUGCUCCUUACGUGCUCACAAAAGUAACAGCAAGUGCCUAAAGUCAGGUAUCAUUUCCCAGUCGAACUCACUGCUACACGGCACACGCAUUCAGCAUUUAGCUGUUGAGAAAAAAAGCACCAAAAUGCUGCAUAAAAAAUCCAACGCUUUUAAAACAAACCUCUGGGAAUUUAAAGCACACUCACUCAUGUCAUCUUUAACCCAUUUCAAGACCUUUGCCCCCCCCCCCCAUAAAGCACCUCCAUAAACUCUCCUUAAAAAUCUCCACUCUGCUCCUCUUUAGCAUUGGGUAAGAAGGAGGGGUGGACAAUCCAACCACAGACCAGCGGAAAUCUUCUGGCCCCCUUUUUUUUUUCAGUGAAAUGUCACUUUGUGUCAAUUCCUUGAGUUUUAUUGUCAAAAUGAUGAGAACCAGUCCCCGGGCUGAGGCCGCUGAAGGCAGUCUCCCCUCCAUCUCCCUCCUUAAAGACAACACCCCGCUCUGGAGGCUCUUUAAAGGAAAAGUCUGGCUCUCCUCGUCGUUCUGUUUAGGGGAUUUUUCUCUCUCUUUUUUUUUUUCUUUCUUUCUUUCUGAUAAUAAGAUACAGAUGAUUCUGAAACACCAGCUACAUUGUUUCAUUCAGGAGUUUGCUCUGAUCGGUUAAGGGCAUUAGGUCUUGUGAAAAGGAAGAAGAUGAUGUUCUUGCAGCUUUAAAGUUUUCAUUGGUGUUUAAGCACGAAGGGUGUCCUUUUAGGAGCAGUUCACCAGGAGCCAUCUAGGCUUAGGGGCAGGGUUACAGUUAGGUUUAAACCCCCCCACCCCCACUUUAUAGAAUUUUUGACUUGAAAUAAUAAUGAACAUAUGAGACUUCAUUUGAAAGGUAACAUCUUCUAGCUUCUGAAAAUGUGUCUAUUUGGCAUGUGGCUCAAACCCCGCCCUAACCCUUAGACGGGUUGCUGAUGACAUGGUGGAGGAUAUGAAAUUAAGCAGCAUUUAAUAACCAGAAAUGCACAUGCAUGUCAAUCCAGCAUGUCCAUAUAUAUCAAAAUGUAACUUUACAGCACAUUAAUGUCAAAGAAAUUCCUCUUUCCUCAAAUGUUCUCUCUGCUGUUCUUGUUUUCUAUAAAAGACAAAAGCAAUUCACAGACACACACACACACACACACACACACACAGAGCAGAUGGAAAGUUCCUCAGUGUGUUUAUUACCCCCAUUUCUAGCUGUCUACGGGGCAACGGAGACCUGGAGUUAAGUGAAACAGCCUCUGUUUGUGUGAAAACAAAGCAGCAUCUUCAUCCCAUCAAGAUGAUCUCCAACCUCCUCUGAUAGCGACCCAGAAGUUUUCAGAACUGGGAACCGGUUUACUGCAUGUGGAAUGACAAAACAUUAGGAAGUUGUAAUGUUUGCACUGUCAUUUUAGCCCAAAUGUAAUUUUGCGUGUGUUAUGAAAACAGCAUAAAUGAAUGUAUGCCUACUGUCUGGACUAAACUCCCGAGGUAUCAUUUCUCCGAGCUGCAGCACCACAUUAAGUCGGGCAUUUACUCACCGACGAGAAAACAAUUGAGCCUCGUACGGCGACACAAAGGGGCGAGACGCCUCUAAUCAGCUUUGUUUUCCAGCGCUAAAAAGAUGCCUUGUUGACACUCACUCUGUUUCAGUUUUCACAGACCAGCCAUUAUGCUGUCACGUAAUAGGAUUCACUCAUGAUGACAAAGCUGAGCGCUCUGAUCCAGCUAUUGUUCAAGUGUCAUCAUUCCUAAUAAUCUCCUCUGGGGGGGAAAAAAAUAUAUAUAUAUAAUCCAAGGAGAGGUUUUCAUUUAACAUUACGCAAUGUGUCACACCCUGGGCAUUAAGCCAG